ACAACGCAUAUUAUGUCUCUGAUAAACCUUGCUGUCGUAUCUUGUUCCUUGGUCUCCAGCGUUACCCACGAACAAUUGUACCUGGGCGUCAAACGCUCUCUUAGUCGCGUAUGGGUAUUAGACGUUUGCUUUAUAGAACGCCAGUCAAUUUCAUAGGGAGGACGAAAUCCUGGAAGAAAUCUCACAAAUCUGAGGUGUUUUCUCCGGUGGCCAUUCCGUUAACACAAGGACAGCUCAUCUCAAUGACUAGGAGAAAGCCCUGCAACGGUGGUGUCCAGUACCUGUUGGACUCGAUUCUCGUAUUACACGGCAGAGGGGAAACCAAAAAGACUGCUGUAACAGCCGUCACGGAGUUGAUCCCGAGUAUUGUUGGUUCAUGUUGGCUAGUGUAGACCGGGCUUAAGGCCUACACGACACAUGCCUUGAAAUAUCUAUGCCUAAAUGGUCAAAGCCCUGUUAUUACUCAGCUUUUUAUAAUACAUGUACUACAUUGUAUGGAGUGUUGUGUCGUGUCAGACCGGGGAUAGGGAAUUGUUCGGACGCACAUGUAGGACGCAGAACUUCGUCAAAAUGAUGUCCUGUUUGGCCAGGGUGUUCUCGCAAUGGACGGCGUUUAGACAAUGUAAACAACUGAUCGUCUUCUCGUUCUGUCUCGCUGUAUUUGCCGAUCACAUGUUAUGGUACUUGCAGACGAUGUUAGCUCCCUCUUUAGUCCGCUCAAUGAGAUACGACAAAUGCGACUGUACGACUUCAACUGACGGAUCACUAAUACCUUUAGGAUUGAACGUUACAAAACGUAUCUUAAACACAACUGAACAUUACUUCUGUUCAAAAACCGAUCACAUGUCGUGUCUGACGUCACGGGAAGUGUUGGCAAAGACAUCAGUGGGGGUCGAUGCGCUCAAUGGCGUCGGGCCGUUGAUUCAAGUUCUCAGCAGUCCUAUCAUAGGAAUAAUUGUAUCAAGGGUUGGACAUCGCUAUCCCUUUCUUUUUGGUUCCAUCAUUCAGGUCAGUAGUACUGGCAUGUUUGUGUUCGCUGCCCAUGAAUGGAUCUACUACUGCGCGGCCGCAUUGGAAGGACUCGGUAAUACACUGAUUUUCAUCAGUGGUUUCACAAUGAUUACUUGCAUUUUUGAUGGGGAGAUGAAGACGAAAAUUUUGUCGACAGCGUUUGGCACGGCCGUUUCAUUGGCUGCACUCCUGACUUUUCCGAUAGGGGGCCUUCUGUAUGAUAUUGUAGGAGUGAUGCUCCCCUUUGGAAUAGCAGCCAUCUUGGCAAUCUUGGACGCCGUAGUUCGUCUGAUUCUUGAUGCGCGGACACCCGAAGAAAUUGCAGCAGCGGAUGGCAAACAUGGUGUAGCAGAUGACGCGCCAGGUGACAAAAAUGCGGGGUCACGUGGGGAUGAUUCUGAUUCGAAGGAACCGAUCAAUCAGAAAAGCGACGAAACCCAAGAUGACAGGCAUGAGAAAACUCUAGCUCAAAGUGGUGGUCAAAAGUGUUACAAUAGCAUAGAUGAUAAGCCCGAUGAUUCACAUGAGGUGAUGUCAGACAUGACACCAAUCAUCCAAAAAGACUCCGAGGGAGAGGAACGGGAACUGGAAGUGGACAAAAAUAGCGUCAUGAGAGAAAGUACUUAUUUAGAGCUUUUCAAGGACCACAUAUUCGACAAGAUGUGUAUUUUGGUUUUCUUCUAUUCUGUGAUCCUAACUUUGCCCCUUGCCACCGCCUAUAACUUUUCUGUGAACGUCCUCCACGCCGCGCAGUGGCAGUUGGGCGUGGUGAUAACGGUAGCAACAGUCCUUCAAGUGAUAAUUACAGUAACUAUUGGCAGCUACCUCAAGCGGGAAAACAUGUGGAUUUACGUUUUAUUCGGAAAUAUCUUUCAGAUCGUCUGUCUCAUAGUCUAUCCGCUCUGUCCUUCAAUAUGGUGGACCUUAUUCCCAGAAUGCGCAAUUAGGGCUGUGGCAUAUUUCGUCGGGUUGUCAACUGUACCAAACUUAUAUAACUUGCUGUUAGAAAAACGGCACCCUAAUUCGGGUGCAAAGGUAUUUUCCAUGGUCAACGUGGCUUUCACUUUAGGUUAUGCUGUUGGUCCUCAGUUGGGAAAUCUCCUAGAAGUGAUUUCCUUUAUGACCUUAUAUUAUAUUGUAGCUGGUGUGAUAGUUGUACCAACCACUAUUUUGGGUCUGCAUAUCAUUAGAUUACAAGGAGAAGAGUAAUGUACAAUAGUUGUCACUUCUAGUGAUACUUUCGGUUUGUUGCAUAACCUUUAUUUCAUUGAAGCUGGUGUGAAAGUUGCAUAAACUACCAUUUUGGGUCUGCAUAUCAAUUGGAAGUAACACCAGUUGUCACUUAAUAUUUCUUGUGAUACUUUCGGUCUCCUUCAUGACCUCGCUGGUGCGAUGGAUUAUUGAUUACAAAAUUAGAUAAAUUGUUGAUUACAAAAAAAUCCUAAUUAAAACAAUCAUAAUCUUCUUCUUGACGUUAUAUUAUACAUAGUGUAACUGGUGUGAUGUCGGUGCUGGUUGUUCUAACCGUAUUGUAGUAUUUUUGGUUUGCAAGUCAAUUGAUGCACGCUUCUGAUCGGAAAAUAUUAAAUCUCAUCAAAUUCUGCUUUCUAAAAUAUCUAACUUGUCCUUGGUAGUUAUUAUCAUCAUAUCCAUGGUCGGUGGAAAUCUUCCAGUGGACAGUUUGCUCAAAUGUGAAUAUCCUGCUCCCGGUUUACGCCAGGAUAAGACUGUAGCGUGCCAUGUUAAAUUCACACGGUAGAGCUUGAAUCGUGAAUGGCUUGUACAUUCACGAUUGCUUGACAUUAUUACACCUGUGUAAUAAUGUCAAGCACUUCAAGCGACUGAAGCCAGUUGGAUCUAGCGCAAU